AUGGGUGCUGAUAAAGGAAUGCUGAUCCCAGCUGCGAGCAGCAGUCCUGCCAAGAAAGCGAGCAGCAGUCCUGCCAAGAAAGCGAGCAGCAGUCCUGCCAAGAAAGCGAGCAGCAGUCCUGCCAAGAAAGCGAGCAGCAGUCCUGUCAAGAAAGCGAGCAGCAGUCCUGCCAAGAAAGCGAGUAGCAGUCCUGCCAAGAAAGCGAGUAGCAUUCCUGCCAAGAAAGCGAGUAGCAGUCCUGCCAAGAAAGCGAGUAGCAGUCCUGUAAAAGAAAACGAGCAGCAGUCCUGUCAAGAAAGCAAGCAGCAGGAAUGUGUCAUGCUAAGAAAACUAUUGCAUCAGAGGUGA